AUGACUGGAGUUUUCUUAUUUCCAAUGUUACUUUUGCAGAUAAAGCCAUUUGAACCACGUAAAGAUAGUGUCCUCCAAGAUAAAGAAAUCUAUUCCAAUCUCAAAAUCUCAGCUAGUGGCUCAAUUGGCCAAUAUUACAAUUCUAAAUGCAACCCAACAUAUCCGAACAUAACAGUUUCAACAGAUAAUAGCAUUGCUAAGUAUGAUUGGUGCUCCAACGUUGCCCCAGAUCGCGAUCAUCCUCCGUGGAUCCAAUAUGAUUUUGGACAAUACAGAACAUCAUUAGUUGGUUAUUCCCUCCGUGCUGGAUGCUGCUAUUACGGAGCAUGCUGCCUUGAUGAUAACACUUAUAUGUACGAUUGCUGCUGCUCAUUGUAUACAUUCUCUCUUCGUGGCUCCAACGACAACGUCACAUGGGAUGUUUUACAUCGUGUUGAGAAGGAUGUCUCAAUCGAAUAUUGCUCGAACGCCCACUACGACUUCCCGAAGACAAAGCCUUACAAAUACGUCCGUCUUGUACAAGAAGAGCCAUACAAGGGCUGCAAACAUUGCAUGAUACUCAACAGACUCGAAUUCUACGGUGUUUCUGAAAAAGGAGACCCUAUGGCUUUCGAUGCUUUAGAUGAUAUGAAUGAUGAAGAAAUCAGUAUUAUUGGAAAGGUCAGAAACCAUUAA